AUGGGGAAGAUCACCUUCUACGAGGACCGCGGCUUCCAGGGCCGCCGCUACGAGUGCAGCAGCGACCACCCCAACCUGCAGCCCUACCUCAGCCGCUGCAACUCCGUCCGCGUGGACAGCGGCUGCUGGAUGCUCUACGAGCGCCCCGACUACCAGGGCCCCCAGUACUUCCUGCGGCGCGGCGACUACCCCGACCCCCAGCAGUGGCUGGGCCUCAGCGACGCGGUCCGCUCCUGCCGCCUCAUCCCCCAGACGGGCUCCCACCGCCUGCGGCUGUAUGAGAGAGAGGACCACAAAGGCCACAUGAUGGAGCUGAGCGAGGACUGCUCCUGCGUCCAGGACCGCUUCCACCGGGGUGAGGUCCGCUCCCUCCACGUGCUGGAGGGCUGCUGGGUCCUCUACGAGAUGCCCAACUACCGGGGACGGCAGUACCUGCUGCGGCCCCAGGAGUACAGAAGCUCCCACGACUGGGGGGCCGUGGAUGCGAAGGCUGGCUCUCUGAGGAGGGUGGUGGACUUAUACUGA